AUGAAUGCUCUCAACGACGAUAAACAACAGUAUGAGUGUGACGUAUUCUCUAGCCAAAACUUUGGAGACCUAUAUCGGUACUUCAAAUCUGUUAAAGGUUCUUCAACUCUGCCUGACAAAAUGCAUUGGAACCAUCUGGAAGCUGCUACGGACAUUGAUAAGGCUGAUUUAUUCAACAAAUACUUCGCUUCCGUAUAUAAUCCUCUGUCGCACGAUUCUUCUCUUUUUUCAGACGAACAGUCAGAUUCGACAAUUCACCAUAUCACAAUCACGAAUGAAGCCAUUGAGCAUAUCUGCGCGAAGAUGAAAAUCUCAGUCUCUACAGGCCCGGACAAUCUUCCAAACUGCAUUUUCAAACAUCCGUACCAUGUCAUUUCACCGUCGCUGCUACUUCUCUUCAAAACAUGUAUGUGCAAGGGUAUUUUCCCCGGAGUCUGGAAGGAAUCUGUGAUCGUUCCAAUCUUCAAAGAUGCUAACAAGUCCUUGGCUUCCUGUUACCGACCGAUAUCACUGCUAUCUGCGCUCCUUCAGUACCUCGACAAUCUGUAUGAUAAAUACGAUGAUUUGAGCGUCAAUGAAUUACUGACGUUGUACGUGGACUUUGAGAAAGCUUUCGAUCGUGUAUAA